AUGUUUACUGGACGAAAAACACCGCAAUACCAGAAUAACGCUUAUACCGCAAUACCAGAAUACCAGAAUAACGCUUAUACCGCAAUACCAGAAUACCAGAAUACCGCAAUACCGCAAUACCGCAAUACUGCUUAUACCGCUUAUACCACAAUACCGCUUAUACCGCAAUACCACAAUACAACCUAUACCGCAAUACCGCUUAUACCGCUUAUACCACAAUACCGCUUAUACCGCAAUACCACAAUACCGCUUAUACGUCUUUUGAUCUUGCGCUUAUAUUAUCAUAUAUGA